GCCAUUGAAGCUAAGAUGUGGUCUUCCUCUCUUCUCCGCCCACUCAAUCUCUCUUCCUCUCUCUUGAAUCCUCACCAAUCACCGAUACCCCCUUCAACCACCUCCAAUGGCGGCCCGGAUUUCCGUCGCCGCAGCUCCCCGGGCCACACUCCGCCACGGCCCGUUUCUCGGCCCGAAGCCCAAGCCUAUCGCCUCUCUCCACUGGAUUUCGAGGUCAGAGAGGAGUAGGAGGAGGAGGCCCAAUCUGACGGUUUGCUUCGUGCUGGAGGAUGAGAAAUUGAGGGCAAUCGACGAGCCGGAAGCUGAGGAGGAAGCCAGCGGCGGAGUUGGCAGGGCGAUUUCGCUGGCGGAGAAGGUCGCAGAGAAGAUGGCCAGGAAGAAAUCGGAGCGGUUUACGUAUCUGGUCGCGGCAGUAAUGUCGAGCUUCGGGAUCACUUCCAUGGCGGUUAUGGCUGUCUAUUACAGAUUCGCUUGGCACAUGGAGGGUGGGGAGAUACCGUAUACGGAAAUGUUUGGUACAUUUGCUCUCUCCGUUGGCGCCGCUGUUGGGAUGGAAUUCUGGGCUAGAUGGGCGCACAAAGCUCUGUGGCACGCUUCGUUGUGGCAUAUGCACGAGUCGCAUCAUAGACCAAGAGAGGGGCCUUUCGAACUGAACGACGUUUUUGCGAUAAUUAACGCGGUUCCGGCCAUUGCCCUCCUCUCCUAUGGUUUCUUCCACACCGGCCUCGUUCCCGGCCUCUGCUUCGGCGCUGGCCUAGGAAUCACCGUCUUUGGCAUGGCCUACAUGUUCGUCCACGAUGGCCUCGUGCACCGGAGAUUCCCGGUGGGGCCCAUCGCGGAGGUGCCCUAUUUCAGAAAAGUGGCCGCAGCUCACCAGAUUCAUCACACUGACAAGUUCGACGGUGUUCCAUACGGGCUGUUCCUCGGACCCAAGGAACUUGAAGAAGUAGGAGGGCUACCUGAGUUGGAGGAAGAGAUUGAUAAAAGAAUUAAAUUGUCCAAGAAAUCUAGAUGAUUUCCUUUGUAGAAAAGAAGUGGCAUAUCUUCUUGAUGCACAGAUGAAAUGAAUGAAAUUUAACUUAAUACUA